CCAAUACAGUACCGAAUUGGUUGGUUACGGCUAAGAGCCCGCCUCCACCACUCAGAACAACGGCUUCAUGUUGAUUGACACUUGUCUAGCCCAAUAAGAGUGUGAAAAUGAAGCGGGUGGGCUAUAUGUUUAGCUGAGGAGUCUUCUGUUCUAUCCCUCGGGCCACAGGCAUUCUGACUUAAAAUCGGAGAGUGGCUUUUAUUACAGGCCGAUUCAAGAUAGGGGACUAUUUAGCGCUAUUUGUGUCACCUGGAAUUGUGUUUCUGUGGGUUUUUUCCUCGUUUAUGACGUAAGCGCAUGAGAUCUUUCGGGAGUUUCUGUUUGAAAAGGAAUCCCGGAAUAAGGCUUGCUGCCGUGCUUCAUCGGAGAAGGCAAUGGCACCCGACUCCAGUACUCUUGCCUGGAAAAAUCCCAUGGGCGGAGGAGCCUGUGCUGAAACUUUUCUGCUGGAGAAAUGUCUACAGAAUCAGAAAAGGAUAAAGAGAGGCUCAUUCAAGCUGCCAAAACAUUCUUCUUUCACAUGCAAGAUCUUGCUUCCUUCACAAAUGCACUCACCAAAUUGUUCAACAGCAGUAUGAGCACUCAGAUCCUCUUGAUGACUGUGAAAGAAGAUGGUAACGUGAAGGCUGUCUUUGAACAAAUGCUCAAAAUUUUUAAGGAGAUGCAGUCUGUGGUGGCGGCCAAGCAGGACCCAAUGCAAAGUGAACCUUUAAGUUCCAAGAUUGCAACAGCUAUGUUCUCUAUGGUUGAGAAGAGUAACAAUAUAAGGGAGUUGCAACAGUCAACCAAAGAAAUGUUCAAAAAUGUCCAGUCACCUAUCAUUGCCUCUGUGCUGAAUAGUGGUAACAUUCUUGAGAGUUUGGAAUCUUCUCUUUUACUCUUGAUGAAAUAUCCCAUCAUGAAUCUCCAAUUAAGUGACUUCUACAGGAAAGAACAAUCAGAUGCCAACACAUCUGAGAAAAGUCCAGGUCCAUCCAAAGCCACUACAAUAGAUGCCUUGAAAAAGUUGCAGGAUGCACUCAACAUUGAGAAUGCUAAGUAUACCAUUAAGUCAGCUGCAGAUCAAAUGGAACAAAUUGUCAAAACUAUGGGACCAAUCUUAGAGGUCCUCCAAAAAGCCAUGAAAACUAUGGAAACCAAGUUUUCUGUGUUUAAGAAACCCAGGAACUAGUAGGAGUGCAACAGAAUGUUCAUGCUGGUCAGAAAACCAAUUCAAACCAUGCAAGUUUUCAUAGUACUCCCUAAGACCCUCAGUGCCCAACAUGUGGUCUAUUGGGACACGAAUUCAAAGAGUAGUCACCUGGCAAACCAUGUACCUCAAGUUUUGCUUUAUUCAAAUAAAAAUAAAUAACCAAAGAAAUCCUGCUUAAAAUGGUGGUUCCAGAAAAGAAUAUAUUGUUCAAAAAAAUCAAGUAUGAUAUUAUAUUUGAGGAUAUUUCUAAACAUUGUAUUUCAUCUUAAAGCAUAAUUGAAAUAACCUUCAAUUAAUUUCUACUCAGUAAUUCUAUCUCUGGUUUCUACAGUGCAAAGUCUAGCUAAAUAUAUAUGUUAUAACUAAAUAAUAUUGUUCAGACCCUAGGAAACAACUUCUCUAUUUUUGUCACCCAUAUACCAAUUUCUGUACACUUCAGUGGCUUGUCUAUCAUUGUGAAAGUGAAAGUGAAGUCGCUCAGUCGUGUCCAACUCUGCGACCUCAUGGAGGAGCCUACCAUGCUCCUCCAUCCAUGGGAUUUUCCAGGCAAGAGUAUUGGAGUGGGUUGCCGUUUCCUUCUCCAGAGCAUCUUCCCAACCCAGGGAUUGAACCUGCGUGUCCCGCAUUGUAGGCAGAUGCUAUACCAUCUGAGCCACCCGGGAAAUCCCCUAUCAUAAGCCAUCACUAAAUACCUUUGAUAUGAUUUAUC